GGGGUUAUCACAGGGCGUUUCACUCAAAGGCUGCGACACAUCUACCUAAUGACACCUAGGCUUCAGAAAAAUUCAUAAUCAGGCUGUCAUACACGUGGAAGUCGGUUAGGGCGAGGCAUAUAAACUCGCCAGGAAACACUGCAGCGUAUAGUCUUUACCGCAGUCUGCAGCUAGCUACAAGGGAAAUCAGUCUUGCUAGCGAAGUCAAUCAACACAGACCGCCUCUUCCUCUGUCUGAGCUAAACAACAGUGGGGGAAAAUGGCACAGUUUAACGGCAAGUUCAAGCUGGAUAGCAGUGACAACCUGGGCGAGUUCAUGAAGGCGCUUGGUGUGAGUGAAGAGAUGCAGAAAGUUGGUGCUAGCGUGAUCCCUGAGGUAACCAUAGAAACAGCUGAUGGUAAACACUUCAAGAUCACAACCGCCACCUCUUUCACUACCGUAUUAGUUGAGUUCAACCUUGGGGAGGAGUUUGAGCUUACUACUGCGGAUGGCAGAAAAACCAAGAAUACGUAUAGUUUAGAGGGCGACGUUCUGAAGCAGUUAGAGACCCCAGCUGACGGGAAUGGAGUGAGUGCAACAUACGAAAGAUCGAUACUGGCUGACGGAAAUUUAAACAUGACAAUGACGAUAGGAACCAUCGUUGCAAAACGACUAUACAAGAAGCUCUGAAUGCACUUGACAAAGACAAACUUGCAUGAAAUAUACUCAAUUCCAGAACGGUUAUGAUUUAUGG